AUGACGGGACAUGAAUAUACAUUGGAGUUAUUACAUCGUAAUCGUUUACAAUGUGUUGAAGUGUUACGCAUGUCCCACGACUCAUUUGUACGACUAUAUGCUCAUUUUAGAGUACAUUACUCAUUAAAGGACAACAAACAUGUAUCGGUUGAGGAAAAGAUGGCUAUGUUUUUGAUGAUGAUCGGCCAUAAUGAACGUUACGUGAUUAUCAAGCGGAGAUUUCAAAACUCGAAGCAAACAAUUCAUAAAUUUUUUUAUGAAGUGUCGGAAAAAAUGAUGCUUUUCGUACAAGAUGUUAUGGUACCAACUUCUUUUAAUCUGAAUUCAAACAUUCCAGGACAUAAUAGGAGGCUACGACGGGUUUUCAAAGGAGCGGUUGGUGCACUUGAUGGCACUUUGAUACAUGCUGUUGUCCCUGCUAAGAAACAAGACUUAUAUAGAAGUAGGGGAAAGGGAGAUUGCUACCAAAAUGUAUUGGCAAUUGGUGACUUCAAUAUGAUUUUUACAUUUGUUGUGGCCGAGUGGGAUGGGGUAGCACAUGACUCUAGAAUUUUAUCAGAAGCUGUAGCCGAUCCACAAGCUUCAUUCCCGUUUCCACCACCUGAUUUUCGUAAAAGACGUGCAUUGACCAAUAAAGAAAAAUUUAACCAUGGACAUGCAAAACUUUGGAAUUUCAUUGAGCGUGCUUUUGGUGUUUUGAAAGCACGUUUCCCUAUAUUGAAGAGGAUGGCACCAUUCCUGUUUUUGACACAAAGAAAGAUUGUCAUGGCAUGUUUCGCACUUCAUAAUUUUAUAAGGAGAGAAGGACUAAGUGAACAGUAUUUCGCACGAUACGAUGAACCCAAUGUUUCGUUUCGAAAUAACAAUGUGACCUUUAAUGAUGAUGAAGAUGAGAUUCCAAUAAAUGGUGCUGCAGCAGACCUUGAAUAUAUGACAUGGUUACGAGAUGAAAUUGUUGAUCAGUUGAUGCACAAUAUAGAUUGA